UUUCGCUGUGAUGGUUGUUGCUGAUGACGAAUGUUGUAAGUUGAAGGCUAAACUGUGUCCAUAGACAGUGUCAAACUCACGAUCUUUACAAUUUUUAGGAGCAUCGUCACUUUUACUUCAUUUUCUUUCAACAUUUUAAAGCUUUCACCAUGAUGCAAUUUAUUCUUGGCUUUACUCUUGGAAACGUGGUUGGCAUGUACCUGGCACAGAAUUAUGAGGUACCCAACAUUUCAAAGAAGAUCGAGGCCUUCAAAAAGGACGUGGAAGCCAAGAAGAAACCUCCAGAGUGACUAUGAGUCACAGGUGUUAAUAUGGCUGAUAUGAUUGAACUGAAACUAGAGGGGACAUAAAAAAACAGGAAAUUCUCAAUGUUACCGUUUAAAUAUAAACAUCUUAAAUGCACAGUAUAAUCCAGGUGUCAAAUAUUGCCUCAAAUCCCCUUUUGGUUUAAAAGUUGAUUUUUCUCUUCUGCCUUGUUUUCUAAAGUGAGUGCAAUUCAAGCCAAUAAAGAUAAGGUUUCUGUUACAUGCUACAUAAGUAUUUAAUAUAUCCAAACUUUAUUUGAACAACAUGUGCUUGAUUUUCUUGAAUAAGAUGCAAAAUAAAGCAGUUGUUGGGCUUUUAAUAUGUACAGCAAAACAAAAUAUUUAAGACAAAAGGAACUGAAUAUAAAAUAACUGCUUUAUUAUUUAUAAUGCAACAAAGAAGUGAGAUUGCACAAAUAAAGGUGCUACUUUUAA